AUCAUACAACAACCAGAUUAAGUAGUUAAAAAAACAAUACAGUAUUUCUAAAUAACUGAUAUUGGUUGUCAUUACAACUUUUGUUGCGCCGAUACACUACAAAUCCCAUGAACACCACCCGGAAGCAAACAUCACGCUAGACAACGUGUGAGAAACUCACAUGCCAGCUAGCUUGAAAAAGAGAGGGCGUCUACACUUGAAACUACAUAUCUCACGUACAGUCAUACUGGGGAACCUUGAGAAAAUGUCUGCUGCAAAAGUUAAAAUGCGGCAGAAGAAGAUGAGAAACCAGCCGGCCAGUGUGCAGUAUUCAUCCACCUCUACCCCGAAUGUGGAGAACGGAGGAAACACGGCGACCACCAGUAGAGGUGGUGAUGGUCAAUCUGACCAUCCAUCAACAGAAAGGCCGAAGAGCUCUCACCAUCAGGGUGGAUGGGUCCGCGGGCACCACAAAGAUGGUGGAGGCUACGCCAAGGAGAUGCCCAAAUACAUUACUGCUGGAGCUUUUGCCAGGGCCAGGGCAGCAGAGGUUAGUGCCAUGCUGAAAGCAGUCACCAAGACAACGGGCAGCUGCCAUGUGUUCGGAGCCCUGCCCAAACACAUGAGGAGACGAGCCAUGAGCCACAACACCAAGCGUCUUCCUCGCAGGCUGAGAGAAGUUGCCAACAGAAUGCGAGAGAAGAGCCUCCAGGCCGGCUCCAAGAAGAAGAAGGAACAGGCGAAGAGCAAGAGCCGCAAGGCCCGCCGCCGGCACGGAAAUCUGCUGCUGGAGUUCAACCGCCGCCAGAGAAAGAAUGUGUGGCUGGAGACGCACAUUUGGCACGCAAAGCGCUUCCACAUGGUGAAAAAGUGGGGCUACUGCCUCGGGGACAGACCCACAUACAAAUGCUAUCGUCCCUGCUACAGAGCCAUGAGCAGCCAUUGCCUUCUGCAGGACCUUUCUUACUACUGCUGCAUCGAGCUACAGGGAGAGGAACACAAGCUGCUGGCUUCUCUGUCACAGCUGACUAGCAAGGAGGCCGGUCCUACAUUCGCUGCAGCACUGUGUCUGUCAGGGCGACGACAGGGCAGUGUGGUGGUAUACAGAGCGGGACAGUACCCCUCACAGCCCCUGGGCCCUGUCACCUUCCUCUGGAGACCCCGAACACAGGGCUCGACUCACAGGCAGCUGUGGAUUUGGGCUCAUCCCACUCUGAAACAGGACCUUCUCCCUGAGCUACAAAGUGUGUGCCAGUGUUGCGAGGCCGUAGUUCCUCCAGUUGUGCCGGUUGUGAAGCCUGCAGAGGUUGUCCCCACCGUAGAAUCAGAGCCAAAGCCUGAAAAGACCCCUGAGACAAAGCAGAUAACUGGUACUAAGAGGAAGCGGAGCCGUAAGGAUGCCAAUGGACCCCCAGCCAAGAAGAUCCUGGGAGAUGGAACCAGAUCUCCCACCACACCAGUUACCUGGAAGUCCAACUCAACUGGAAUAGUUAUAAAUGAUCUCACAAUGGAGAUCGUACGCUAUCGUCUGAUUGGACCACAGUCCCAUUCUGUGCUGGCAGAAACAUUGGAAGCUGCUACGGACUGUGAUGAAAUGAACAAAUCCCAGCCCUCUUCCCUCUGGUGGCCUGAGCACUGCAAAGAUGAGAGCAAGAUGAUUCUACAUCAACAACAAGCUGAUGUCUUUAAUAUACUGAAAGGCAUCUAUUCAACUGGAGAGCUCCCCCCUGGCACAGUGCUGGGACUGACUGUAGAUGACCCCAGGCUGACUUUACCAACAAAGAAGGUUAAAGCUUUGCCCUGUGUAAAGCAGGCACAAGAGGUGGACGAGGAGAAGAGGAGGGAGCUGAUGUUGCGAGGUGUACCGGAACACUGCUGUCAGAGUUUCCUGUGGGAGCAGUCUGUCCGCAACAAUGUCACUGAUAACAAAAUAUCAGAGCAGGAGCUGAACCGUAUGAGGAGCGAGGUCUUGGUUCCUGGAUCCAGGCUGAACCCCACUCCCCUGCAGGGCCGAGUCCCCGUCCUGCUGGUUCACCAGCCUGGCAAGCAGGUGGGACACGAGAUGAGCUCCUGGGGUGCUGGAUGGGACCUGCUGCUUCCUAAAGGCUGGGGCAUGGCCUUCUGGGUCCCACUGGUGUACAGAGGAGUCCGCAUUGGUGGGCUAAAUAUGAGUCUGAAACACUCUCAGAAUAAAGGAGCCCCCCACUUCCCCCAUGAUUACCCAGACUGCCCUGCAGGCGUUUGUUUUCAGGGGGAGCAGGAGGCUGAGCUCCUGGACAAGUUCAAAAGGCGUCCGCCCGCCAAAAGGACCAAUUACAUUAAACAUGGCAGUCUGGCUCCGUUCUGUUGCCCGUGGCAACAGCUGGCCGAGGAGUGGGAGCUCAUCGUGCGGGAAGGAGGAGAGGAGAGAAAAGGAGACAGCCGGACUCAAAGCACAACCGAGGCUGACGCAGCGAUGGAGGUGACAUCACAUCAAGAUGUCACUGUGACGAAGCCUCCGAGCCGCUUCACUGUUCUGAGGAACAGAAAGUCUGUGAAGCUGCUCUCCGGUUGGUGCAAACCCUCUACAUCUAAAGGUCAAAGGCCGUGCCGUGUCGGGGAGGUGCCACCUCUCAACCGCUCAGCUAAGAUGUCGUUUCUCGCUUCCCAUGAGAUGACUGUGGUGUGGGUGCGUCUGACGCUGCUGUCGAAGGGAAAACCAGAGCUCCACGCCAUUGUGUGUGUGCCAACCGCAGAGGACCUGAAGCUCCUGAACAAAGAGCCUGGCAGUAGCGGCCCCCAGGAGCCGCCCCACAGAGACCACUUUAAAAGCAGAAUUAAACGUUGUAAGAAGGGCUCCAAAAAACCUGUUGCCUCCUCUCAAUCUUCUGAUAAAACUGAGGGUAAAGGGUUAGACCCUCCCUCUGCCUCCGACCCAAACCCCACUACAUCUGAAGAAACCAAAUCAUGCUCCUCGCCUUCCUCUGAUCUUGUGUUUGGGCUGUGGCCGGAUCCCCUGCCGAGCGUCAGCUCUCACUGCUCCCGGGUGACACUAGGCUGGGUCACUCAGGGUGACUUCUCCCUGUCCGCAGGCUGUGGGGAAGCUCUGGGGUUAGUCAGUGUUGCCGGUCUCCUUAACACCCUCCUUAACCAGCCGAUGGAACACAGAGGAACGGUGCUGCUGCGCAACCCGACAUCUCUCCAGUAUCGCUUUGCUAAAAUCAACAUAGAGGUCUGAUUGAAACAUCUGAGUGUAUGCAGAACACAUUGAAUUCUAGAUUAAUGGAGAAAGGUCAACUGUUUUUGUCCUGUAGAAACCUGAAGUUACAUGCAAUCAAGUGAUGCUUCUUUCACCAAGUGAGCUGACAGGAACCCUGUGCCUCGAUUUUUUUUUUUUUUUUAACCUUUUAUUUAUUCUUUUUUUUAUUGAUAGUUACCUCCUUGGAUUGUGCCAUCAUCUUAUUCACCAUGUUGGCUGAAGACUUAAUGACAUGCAUGGGGCGUGACUACAAGCUACCUGAUGUUGUGUUUAAAAGAUAAUUUUAAGUUGUGUAUAUUUUACUGUGGGAAGAGACAUUCUCAUUGUUUCAGUUGAAUAUGAAAUAUGGUUGUCUUCAGCAUUGAAGAGCUUUUGUUUGAAUAUAAGCUAAUAAAAUACCCAUACUGCAUCAA